ACUAAGGGUUGCUGUGGCAUUAGCAGGACAAUUGUUACAUCAACGGCAGCAGUUUCAUCAGAAUUAGGCUGUGUGAGGUUCUAGGUAAGAAUUUUGUCAUUGCUGCCAGUGAUGGCUUUGGAAAAAGAUGCCUGUCCUGCUUUGCCGAAACUGGACAAGAGCAGUACAGCAGGGAAUGCAGCGAAGCCUGCCAAUAACACAAGGCAGAGAGAGAGAGUGAGAGUGUGUGCGCGUGAGCUAACUGGGAAUGGCAAGUUAACUCAACCCCCUUUCUCCUUUCCUAGCUUCAGGAGUGAGGAGAUUCACUUGCCACGCUUCUCACUAAAGCAAGGCAUGAUCCCGACACGUUACGUUAUGCCUUGGAAAGAAAGCAUGAAAUUCAGGAAUGUGAAUCUGAAGCAAGCGGAAGCGUGUGGGAUCUAUGCUGGCCCCUUGGAAGAUUCUCUGUUCUGGGGUUACAGUGAGCGGCUUUGCCAUGGGGAAGACCGGAAAGUCGUCCUGAAGAAAGGCCCUCCGGAGAUAAAGAUUGCCGACAUGCCUUUGCAUUCGCCUCUCUCCAGAUACCAGAGCACCGUGAUCUCCCAUGGCUUCAGGAGGCGACUGAUCUGAUGUGCCGACCUGGGGGAGGGUAGCCGUAUGCUUGCCCAGCACACAAA